UUCCGGGCAGGGCAGGGCCGCGGGCGGGGUCGCGGCCAGGGCCAGCGGUCCGCCAUCGUGGCGGCGCCGGGAGCGGCAGGUCGGGUCGGUCUGCCCCCGCCUCCCCGCCCUCUCGGCCUCCCGGAAAGUCGCUCUGUGAAAGCAGGAACGCAGCCCAGCCCCGGAGGGCGGGGACGGGGCUCCGGCAGCCUUUCCGCGCGGCCUGCGCCUCGCCGCGGGCCCGGCGGGGGUUGCGGUGUAGGCCUCGGCACCAUGGACCCGUUCUUGAGUCUGCUGCACUCGUUCUCCCAGAGGUUGUCGGGCAAUGAGCUUGCUUCCCUGAAGUUUCUCUGCCGGGACAAAAUUGGGAAAAGGAAGCUUGAGGCUGUCCAAAGCGGCGGGGAGCUCUUCAGCAUCCUUCUCGAGCAGCAGCUGAUUGCGAGCGACAACGUGUCGUUUCUUGAAGGCUUGCUUGAGGGCAUCAAAAGAGAAGAUUUGAUCUCGCUGCUAAAGCAGUUCGCAGAGGGAAGGGAAGUUAGUUCUGCUGAUGAUCAACCAGAUCCGCAUGAAAAACGUCUGCAGGACGCAGCUAUUGAAGUUAUAUGUGAAAAUGUCGGGAGAGACUGGAAAAUGCUCAUGCGAAAACUUGGUAUCUCUGAAGUGCAAAUGGAGAGAAUAAUGGCAGCCAACCCAUAUAAUUUGCAUGAACAGUUGUUUCAGUCACUUCGAGUGUGGCGGAAAGGGAAGGGAAAGGAUGCAAAGGUGCUUGACUUAAUAAAAGCUCUUCGGGCCUGUAAUAUGAAUUUGGUGGCAGACAGAGUUGAACAGAAGCUUUUGCUACUGAACACUGGAACCAGAUGAAAUUAAUAUAGAAACACUUCCACAUCUCACAGAUAUGGAUGAAAAAAGUAAAAGUGACUUCUGUUUUCCUGAUCCAAGAUCAGUAUCAUUGGUUCUGUUACUUAUUCUGCAAUUAAUUUUUGUGCCUUACUAGAUUGAUCUGUGAUCAGAUGAAGAUUAACAUACAACCAAAUUCCUUUCAGGUAAUGCUUUGUAGUUUGAUGCUGCCUUUAGGAGAUUUUAACUUUUUGAAGACCUAAACUCCAUUUUGUAGAAAUCCUUUUACCACUCACCUGAAAACAAGAUUUGCUUCAUUGCAGGCACUUUUCAGAUGUAUCUUCUCUGAAAAUACAUCCAUGGAACACUUCUGAGGCAACUGUAAUUUAAAGUUUAGGGGAGGUUGGAUUUUUUUUUUAUGUGGUCUAUUCUAACUGUAGUGUGAAGGGGGAAGGCUUGGACCUCUUAGCUGUGUACUGGGUCUUCUGAAUAGCAUGAGAUAAUAUCUUCCAUAAUUUGUUGAAUACAUUUGCUCUCUGUAAAAAGAUACUGAGAUGACUGUAACCUCUAGGCCCUAAGACUGCAGUGCAAGAAGGCUAGCAACUACUGUGGUGGCUUUGUCUUGGCAGAAGGUGUGCCUUGGUUGAAAAUGAACUAGUUGAAAUCGAAUCUCUCCUAUCAAGUGCCUUCAUCAUACUGAAGGAAGUAUUCUCCUGAAACUCAAAGCAAUCAUGUGUGUCUGACAGAUGUUUACAGCAGCCUCUUUUUUACUGCCAUGAAUGUUGUAAGAUUCUUUACUAGGAACCCUUUCAUAACCUGUAUCACAGAGCCUGGUCAUGUCUGCUGGAAGUUGCAGCUCACCUCAUAAGUAAGCUGCAGUUACCUGUUCUCUUGGUAACAGAAGUGUGUACUGUAAUAAAACCUCAAAAACAAUUUGGUUUCUUUUUAGUGGAGGGCUGUGAAACCCAACUGAGAGCAAAUACAUAGCACUGACUUUCUUCCUCUGAUAGAGGAUGGCUAGCAUCAGCUAUCUUAUGGCACAGUUUGUUCUCUUCAAACGUUGCUCCAGAUCCAAUAGCUCUUCCAAAUCCUCUGCAAUUUUUCAGUUCAUUCCUGUUCUGUUACGUUUUUUGAAAGUGGUUGUAAGCAACUCACAGAGGAAAGAGGAUUUGUGAAUGAGACCAGAUUCUGUUUUCAGCUUUAAUUUGGAACAAACUUCAAAAAAUGGUCUUCACACCUAAUCUAAGACUGGAAGAAUUGCACAAGCUUCAAGACAUGCAGGGCUGUAGAGGCCUCUGGGAACUAUCCCUCAUGCAAGGGGGGAAAGUUUUCUGAAAUCAUUAUUGCUUGAUGAGUAGGAUUGUUUGCUACUGCAAACAUCCUUCUAACUACAUAAAUAGAUACUUGAAGAGGAGGGGCUUCUUUUUUGCUACUGUACUUGUGUGACUUCUUGCUCCUUUCAAGUUCAUUUCACAUGGUGCCAUUACUGUGGAGGCUGGGUGUCUGCAUAUAAUAUACCACUACUCUACGUAAAUAUUGUGACAUGGAAAGUUUUCAAGUUCUUGUUGCAGUUGGUGCCUCUAGUUCAGACAGUGACACUUGAACACUUGAUCAUAGUUAAUCAGAAACUGCUGUAAUGUGAACAUACCUUUUCAUUCAGGUUAUUCCUUAAAUGAUUCUCACAAGUAUUUUUCUACUUGGAGUAUUUUACAUAUCAGUACUUGUGUACAAGCAAAGGAGCAAUGAGUAAUACAGACGUUCCCACUUGUCUGCGAUUUGGGCAGGUACAGUUCUCUAAGUACUUGCUCCAAUACUUGUCAGUAUGGAUUGUCCAUUUCAGACUUCCAGUAGUAGAUCCAGUGCUGUACUUCAGCUAAAUGACUAGAUCAAAAGUUUUUUUGUUUCAUAGAUACGUUCUUCAUUCUACAGUGUUUAAAGAAAGCGAUCGCUUCAGACUUUCGUCCUUCAUGCCUCUAAGCAGUCUUUGUGAGCAGAGUGGAGUAGAAGUGAGCAAGAUGAGCUAUGCUUGUGGUGGAACAGCUUUGCAACAGUUCUGACUUCAGUCUGUCCAGUAACAGAUUUUUCCAUGUCCACUUCAAGUAAGUCUUCUGGUUCACAGAAGAUACUUCUUUUCAUAUUCCAAAUAAAUGUAUAUUGCCUACUGCAUAGAACCAGGAUAUUUUAAGAAUCAAUAGGAAUAACUUGUUAGUUGUGACCAAGUGUUCAUGAGCUACAAGAAAUAUUCUGCCUCAGAAGAUAAAAACCUCUUGUUUCUCUAAGGAUUUGUACAUAGUGGAUGUUUUACUGCGUAUGAAAGCAAUGACCCAGACCGCAUCAAUCAGAACAGUACCUCAGGGCCAAUGAAAAACUGCUUUUAUUACAGAUCUAAUAGUUUAUCAUGUGAGAACAAAAUCAAAUGGAACAAAGGGAACCAAAACUUUUUAUUGGGAGGAGGGUAAGGGACAAGGGAAUAAUUUGGAAGGAAAAGUGUUGUGAUCCAGUGGGCAAACUUUUAUUUUCAAAUGAAGUAUUUUCAAUCAAAUACACAUAUUUUUAUAACUUGAAUUAAAGUUUUACAUUGUCUAUUUUUGUGCACAUUUCAUUAAAAGCUACUUCCUUAAAAACAAAAGAAAUUGGACUGUU